GCACGAACACUACCAAACUCAGAGCGACGUUUCCUUCCGCCGCCAUCCUCAUCCCAGAGCCAGAAAGCGACUCAUACCUGCACUAAAACAUGAGCUUCACAGUGGAAGAGAGGGGCAACCCGAACUCUCUGAGCUACCGCUUGUUCUUCAAAAAUGCUGAAGGAAAGUACAUCUCACCAUUCCAUGACAUACCAAUGUAUGCUGAUGAGAGCCAGAACAUCUUUCACAUGGUUGUUGAAGUACCAAGAUGGACAAAUGCAAAGAUGGAGAUUGCUACAAAAGACCUCCUGAACCCAAUAAAACAAGAUGUGAAGAAGGGCAAAUUGCGUUAUGUUGCCAAUGUGUUCCCACAUAAAGGCUACAUAUGGAACUAUGGAGCCGUACCUCAGACAUGGGAAGAUCCAGCACACAAAGACGGAGACACCGGCUGCUGUGGUGACAAUGACCCCAUUGAUGUCUGUGAAAUUGGCACUAAGGUGUGUUCCCGCGGAGAGGUCAUAAAAGUGAAGGCUCUCGGGAUCCUGGCCAUGAUUGAUGAGGGUGAGACUGAUUGGAAAGUGAUUGCAAUCAAUGUGGAGGACCCUGAAGCCAGCAACUUCAACAACAUCAGUGAUGUCCAGCGCCUGAAACCUGGCUAUCUGGAGGCCACAGUCGACUGGUUCAGGAGGUACAAAGUGCCAGAUGGGAAACCAGAGAACCGAUUUGCUUUCAAUGAUGAGUUCAAAGAUAAGGAUUUUGCCAUUGAAGUAAUCAAGAGCACUCACAACUUCUGGAAAGACCUCAUGUCCCAAAAGACCAAGUCUGGUGAACUGAACUGCAAAAACACAUGUGUCUCAGCUGGCGACAGCCCCUACUGCUGCUCAGCGGAGGAGGCUAAAACUGCUGUUGGUGAGACAUGUCCUUGUGGAAAAGAAGAACCUUUACCCUCAUCAGUUGAUCAAUGGUUCUACUAUGAGAGGAAGUAAGCCAUCAGCUGGUUGGAUUGGAGCAGAGUGAAAGGUUCAUCGUCUCUCAAUGCUUGAAGAUGUGUCAUAUUAGGAACCGAUGGGAUGGGGAUGUAGCAGGUUUUGUCAGGGUCAGCUGUUUUACUGUAGAUGGAGACAUAGUGGAUAGAAACUGUAAAGAAGAAGAAAAGUCACAAAGUGCUCAUGUCUUGACCAAUGAUUUUCCACUUAAUUAACAAAGAUCUCAUUGGAGAUGUGCUGUCAAAAAGUACAGGUGCUGUGCCUCGUUGUUCCCUGUAUGAUACUCUGAACUGCUUUAAUAAAGCUUCACUGGUUAAAUUAUCA